UUAAACGUGACUAACGAUGUUUAACGGCAUUAUUGGUUAAUAUUUGACACACUUAUAUUUUGACUUAUCGUAUGUUACAAACCCGUAGCGGCAUUUUCAAAACUAAACAAAAAUGUAUUGUCCGUCAUUGAUAGACUAAAAUGCCGUUAUCUCACACUAAUACACAAUAAUGCCGUUAACUGAUCUCGCGCGGGGCAGGGGGACGCCGGCUACGUAACGAUCCUGCCGUGUUAUUCUGUACGUGAUCACUUCACGCAGUGAGGGUGGAGUGAGUGCUAAGUGAGUGGUGCUGCUCCCCCCACCGUUAUAGUAAAUCCCACAUAAUCGUGACACUGGCCGCUCCGUUUUGCGUUCACUCCGCUCUCACUGCGUGAAGUGAUCACGUACAGAAUAGCACGACUGUACCGAAAUCAGAGGGUCGGGGGUGAAAUUAGUGCAUCGCCAGGAGCUUGUGAGUGAGGACGUGUCGCUCCGGGUCUGUUCCCGCCAAUUUUGCAACGAUCGUGAUAUGGCGAGCCAUCGAUUUAGAAACUCUGGGAACAGAGCCAAAACUAUUUUAGAUAUGGUUAAAGAUAAGGAAAACCCAAACCAAACCAAACCUACAAGAAAACCUGACAUUCCUCAGGAUAAGAAAAAUCCAAACCAAACCGAAUCUAAAAAAAAACCUGGCCCUGGUCUGACUGAGUUUGUUAACAGAAUAUACGCGGAGCCCUAUUCUAUGACCGGCAGCGUAUUUGAUACGUUUUGCGAGACACAAGUUACAUAUAAUUCACAUCAUUUUUUGAGUUUAAGUACAGAGUCUGUUUUCAACGAAUUGGAAAUUUUACCGCAUAAAAUUCCUAUAAAUGAUCCUACCGAAAUAGAUUUAACAUGCAACGAAAUAAUGUCACCAAAUGAUUUGUCUCCGCUUGAUGAAGAAAUCCCGUUAAAUUUGCAAGGAACAUAUUGUGAAAAUAGUCCUCUUGAUUUUGAUUCAGACGACUCCGUUAUUGACAAAGAUUACUGCCCUUCUGAUUCCUCUGAGAGCCACAUGUCUGAUAUAUCUGAAAGUACAAGAAAAACAAAGAAGAAAAUACUGAAAAGCAAUGAUGAUGAGGUCACAAAGACUUUAACAAAAAGAUGUCGUGAGUUAACUGGUGCUACCAGUGAGAAAACUAUGCCCAAUUACUGUUCUUUAAUGCCUGUGGAUGACGGAGUUAGAAGUUUUUUUUAAUUUGGAACGAAGACUUAGAAACUCUAUCGGUGCUACCUGUAUGGAAACUACGCCCGAGCGACUAUGCCUCCGCAAGCGCUGUAAUUCCGUUGAUGGAAAUUAUUGCUCUACGUUGUCAGAUAUACUACAACCACACCAAAAAAGAAGGAAAUAUAACACCCCGUUACUACAGCGAAGAUUGGAUGCCAAAAAUAAAAAAAAGAGCGAACAUUGUGUCAAACCUGGGUGCAAUGAAAAGUGCCUAAAGAAAUGUAUGACGCUACUGAAAAAUUACGAGCGAGCCUAAAAGGAAACCAAAAAGAAAUUUUGUAUUAAAAAAACAAGAUGGCACUCAAAAAGAUGUAUGCAAAAUAUUUUUUCUUACUACUCUAGGAUAUUUGAAAAAUAAUGACCGGAUACUACAUAAAACUUUUACUGAUUCUUCAAUAGAUAAACGUGGCAAACACCAGAAAACACCUGCCUUUGAUCGCAAUUUACUGAAUCAACACAUUGAAUCGUUUAACCCGUUAGAACCACACUAUAGGCGUGAACAUGCACCUCUGCGACGAUAUCUACCAAGUGAUAUUAAUAAAACUCAAAUGCAUAAACAUUUUUGUGAGACAUACCCUGAUAGACAAGUUUCCUACAGCUUAUACAGGUCACAUUUAAAAAGUAUGAACAUAUCCUUUACCGCCCUCGGUAACGAGGAGUGUGAAUUGUGCGAGGCUUAUAAUUUCCACAAAAAGGAAACAUCACAUGACGCCACAGUCCAGAUACUUGAAGAGUGUACAGAUUGUGUGGAUUGGAGUACUCAUUAUCAACGAUACACAAAGGCGCGAGAUCUGUACACAACACAUAAGGAAAAAGAACAAAAUAAUACACAAAUAUUUUAUAGCUCUGAUCUAGAAAAAGUAAUUAUGUUACCUAGAUUGGAGAUGUUUAAAGCCGCAAUUUUCUGUCUACGGCUUUCAGCCUACAAUCAAACCUUUGCACCACUUGGUAAGAUUACCGCAGAAUUUAACCCUUUAAGUAUUUUUGUAUCUAAAUAUGCACAAAAUAUUUAACCGUUUGUUAGACAAAAUUCAAAAGUCGCGCGAACGUACUCUUUUCGCCGUUUGAUACGCCGUUCGCCGAUAGAACGAGAGCGCAAUACGUCACGCCACGCGUACUAUCUCUUUCGCUCCAAUCGCGUCAAGGACUUAGUCGAUCUGCGGGGUCGCAGAAUAACGGCGGGCGUAUUUUGAAAAAAGUCAAAUGUUACAGUAAAAGUGACUAAACUGUGAAUAAUUUAGUGUCAUAUUGUUUGAAAGGCAUCUAAGUAUAUCAAGUAAGUAGUAUUUCAUUACAAAAUUAUGUUAUUUUACACAUAAAGAAGGAACAAAUUAUUUGUAUCUAAAUAGAUACAUUGCGACUUACCUCUAUAAAUCGAUUUUAUUACUGAUGUAUCUAAAUAGAUACUGGGCGUCUUUCUCAGUGAUUAUAAAAUUAUUUGUUUGUGUCCAAAAAGAUACAACGAUACUCAUCGUUUUUUACAGAAAAUGAAGCAAAGUUCGAGAGUUUCAAGAAUUUUGGCCCUGGUGCCGCCAGCUGACUCAGGGUCUGAGGAUUCUGACUUAGAUUUAGACUUGUCUUCAGACGCUCCCGAUAUCCCCAACGAGAUGAUGGAUAUUUUUGAUCAAUCGGAUAGCGAAGAUGACUCUUUACCACCACAAAUAUUGGCUCCACAAGAAUACCCGUGUUUACCCGAUGCACCAGCUGUGAGUGUGACAAUUCCAUCUUCAGUAUCUUCACCUAUCGUUUCAGUAAAUCCUUCACCUGACACAUCACAAACGAUACAGUCGCCAGUAACGCCAAAUACAAUUUAUUCCAAUACUUGUAGUCCUCUGAUACCAAUUGCAUCUAGGCUCCUGCGCUCACGCACAUCAGAAACUCAAAAUCCAAACAAUAGGGUACAGCCAUCAUCAAGCACAAGACAAGAAGACCUAAAUCCACCCCAGACUUCUGGUGUUCAGCGUACAAGAAAACGAAAAAAAGAACACAUGGAUUUUAAAUUUAAAGCUACAAAGUUUAUGUGGUCUGUGGACAGGGAAACAAGUGUAGAUAGUUCAUUUCAGGAACAAGUCACUGGUAUUGAUACUCCAUAUCAAUACUUCAAAAGAUUGUUCGACGAUGAAUUGAUGAGAUUUAUUUGUUAUCAAUCAAACCUUUACUCUACUCAAAGCACAGGAAGAUCAAUUGACAUGACAAUAGAAGAAUACCCAAACUUUUUAGGUAUUGAUUUGCUAAUGAGUAUUGUCGGUAUGCCUUCAUACAAAGAUUAUUGGUCACAUCAACUAAGAUACGAUAAAAUUGCAUCAGUAAUGCCACUGAAAAGGUAUCAGCUGAUACGUAAAUACAUGCAUUUUUCAGAUAACAGCAAUGUUGAUCCUAAUGACCGCUAUUGUAAAAUUAGACCUGUCAUGGAACACGUAAGAAAAAAUUGUUUACGAAUAGAGCCUGAAAAAAGUUUUUCUAUUGACGAGAUGAUGGUUCCAUACAAAGGGACAAGAGCCGGAUCAAGAAGACAGUACAUUAAAAAUAAGCCUCAUCCUUGGGGAUUUAAGUUUUUAGUUAGAGCUGGAGUAUCUGGAAUAGUUUAUGACUUUUUCCCUUAUGCUGGUGAAACAACUUUUGAUGACAUAAUUUUGACGGACACUGGAAAUAAAUAUUUCGGUCUGACAGAAAAAUGUGUACUGCGUCUGUCGAAAACUAUUGAUAAUCCAGCUCUGACAACCUUAUUUUUUGACAACUGGUUCACUUCUCUUGAACUUAUAUCAUAUUUGAGAAGUGAGUUUGGCAUCCUGUCCUUGGGGGUUCUUCGUAAAGAUCGUUUGAGAGGUUGUAAUAUGAUAUCGGACAAAGAUUUGCUAAAGAAAGGAAGAGGAAGCUAUAAGGUUAUGGUAGAUAACAACAAGAAGAUAGCCGUUACUAAAUGGGCAGAUAAUAAAUGUGUUACUUUAGCUAGUUCAUAUGCAGCUGAUAACAGGGAGACUUUUGUAAAAAGAUAUUGCAAGGCCUCAAAGCGAAAAGUAGAUGUCAAAUGCCCAACGGUUAUAUCAGAAUAUAAUCAGCACAUGGGUGGUGUGGACUUGGCGGGAAUGUUUGUUUCUCUGUAUCGAACAGGUAGUAAAAGUAGAAAGUGGUAUAAACGUAUAUACUACCAUUUGAUAGAUAUUUGUGUCAACAAUAGCUGGCUAGUGUAUAGGCGUCAUUGCAAAAUAUUAAAUGAAAAAAAAAUAUUGUCUUUAAAAGAUUUUAAAUUAAGCGUUUCGUACACACUUUUGCAAAAAGGAAAAACAGUCAGCAGAGAAGUAACUAAUGCGGUGAAAAUCAAACAACCCGUUGUUCCAAGACCCGAAAAGGAUAUUCGCACUGAUGCUUUACACCAUAUACCCACUGUUAUAAAGAAAGGUCGGUGCAGGAACUGCACAACGGGUUAGACUGUCAUAAGUUGUCUGAAAUGUGAUACGAGGCUGUGCCUUACAGAAAAACGUAACUGUUUUCGUGAAUUUCAUACGAAAUAAUAUUAUAUUAUAUAUUAUAAUAUUUUUUUCUUUUAACCUUUGAUCUCACAGAAGUUCCUAUUUAAGUUAGUUAUUUUUUAUUGUUUACAGUUAAUUACUGUUUAAAGUUUAUAGGCUUAAAGUCUUUUUGUGUAUAUUUAGAUACAAAGUUCGUUUUAACCCAUUUUGUAUAAUUGUGCUUUUGUAUCUAAAAAGAUACAACCUGAAAACUCUGUAAAACGUUCCUGAAAAUUUAUUUUUAGUCAAGUUUUAUUUUUAUUUAACUCUCCCACUACAUUUUUGCUCCAUAAAGGGUUAAACCCCUGACAUUGCAGGCAUUGCAGGGAGAAAGCAGGAAGAUAUAAUGUCAGCAUUUUAUUAUUUUCUAUUGCGUAACAGAGAUGUUGAAAAUGUUCACAUCUGGCUCGACAAUUGCAGCUCACAGAAUAAAAAUUGGCUGUUGUAUGCGAUGCUCACUCAUAUGAUUAAUAGUGAAGAUAUUGCCACACAAAGAAUAACUUUACAUUACUUUGAACCCGGCCACACUUUUAUGAGUUGCGAUCAAGUGCAUCACCAGGUAGAGUUGGCUAUGAAGAAAAAGGUAAGCUUUAUGAUUUUACAGAUUUUGAAGAGUGUGUAUCUUCCAUAAAUAAAUCAAAAGUCAUCGUUCAGUCUAUGUUGCCAGAAAACUUUUUAAAUAUACCUAACUACGUGUCCCAAAGAAGGAUUCAAACAUCCAGUCCAAGAGCUUAUUUAUUAAAAAAUAUAGUUGAGGUAUGUUUCGUACGUAAAAGUUAUGAUCUUAUGUACAAAAAUAAUUUCGAUGAUGCAUCAUAUAUAACUCUUCGUUUCCUGAAUGAUAAAUAUUUGAAAAACCCACGUGCAAUGGUGUUAGAAUUUAGAAGUGAACCGAAAGGUAUAGAACCUAAGAGAAAAGCAGAUAUACUUAAAAACCUAACGAACGUAAUUCCCCCUCACAAUUGUCAUUUUGGAAAAACUUACCAACAAGAAAAAAUGAACAUUCCGGUACAAGUUCUGAUUAGAAUAACGAUAAUAUAGAGUACCUAGUGUUUGUUUAUUGAGACUGAUUUUAACUACUUAAUUAAUAAUUUCAAACAUAGGCAUAAUAACUUUUAAUAAUUUUAUGUAAUGUAACUGUGAUACGAUUUUGGAUACUGUGUUUUUAAGAACUUAUAAAGUUUAUCAAGAAGGUUUUAAUAAAUGUAAGUAAAAAGUAAGAACUAAAAUUUAUAUAAGGAAUACUAUUGUUUUUGUUUUUUAGUUGAUGAUUGUUUUUUAUAUGAUACUAGAAAAUAUAAAGUUUUGUGUUCAAAGAGAAGAUUAGACUUAGUAUUAAUUGAUUGAUAUCUCAGGUUUAAUAAAAGACUGAAGUUUGUAUGUUUUUUUUUUAUGUUAUGUUAUUUAAAGUACAAGUAGUACCUGCUUAAUUAAUAUUGAUAAAUAACUGAUGUGAUUUAGUGUUAUUCUGUAGAACUAAAAGUUCCUAAAAAAUCUAAAUAAUAUAAGUACCUAAAGUUUGUGAAAGUUAUAAGUUUAAGCAUAAUUAUGUGUAAUUUGAAAAGCAAUAAAGAAGUAGGUAUCUAGGUAUUAACAAUAAAUACUUGUUGAUUGAUAAAACUGGGACUUUUAUUUAAAAAAUAUCUUAAAUUUCAAUAAAUUUAAUUCAUUUUGUGCAAGGAAAUAGUUCACAUUUUUUUUAUAUUGUUACGCUAUAAUGUCGUUAAAGUGACAGGUUUUCAGUUUAACGACGUUUUAGCUUAACAUUGAUUCAAGUUUAUCCUUUUAAUUAACAGGCAUCUAAAGGUUAUCAGACUUAAAAGCAGUAAAGUGCCGUUAACCGCACUAAAGUUUAACAUGAAUUAGUUCUAAAAUACAUAAUUGUUAGCUAAAUUGUCGUUAUGUGCAAUAACGCCAUUUUAGCUAAUCAUUGAAGAGAUAUUUUUUUGCAUUUUAAUAGACAAUAAUUUGCUAUGAAAUUGAUACACUAAAACGCCGUUACGCUUUACGUAGCGGCGUUUUAGUCUAUCAUCCAUUAUGAUUUCUGUUACAUCUUUGAUGAACUAAAACACAAAAAAAGCUUUUUCAUGAAAUAAAAUUAUAUUUACGAUAUAAAUAGCAUACUUUCGAACUACCUUACCCUAUGUAAGGUAGUUCGAAAGUAUGCUAUUUUAUCUAUAUUUUGGUAUCUUCAAAUUUCUAAUAGGUAAUUGUCAUCGAAAAGUGGCAUCCGUUUAAUAAAAAUCCGCGGUUUUUUCGCGUUAUUGAAAAAAAUUACUUUUGCAGAUAACGGCAUUUUAGUUUUAUCACGGCAGCACAGGAAUGGACCCAAAUUUUUAAAGAUGCACGCUCCAAACCUAGUCCAUUCAAAGUCAUAGAGGUGGAUACAUCUUAUUUCAGAUCAUGGACUAGCCAUUUGGAUACAAUUUAUGCCAAAAAGUCCUCUUUUCCUUCACGGCCAAUAAAAGUUUUGAAAAUUGAUAAGGCUACCCCCAAAAUUGGCUUCCGUUCUACUUAUAAUGGGCCUUGGGAAUCUGCAUGCAUUAGUGGAAGGAAGAAGAAAACAAAGAGCAGCAUUGUACAAAACAAUGAAUUUGUUUUGCCUGGAAGGUUGUAUACAGAGAAGUUACCAAUUUCUCAAGAAAAAUUUAAUGAUCUUCAACAUUUAAAAAAGUUUUGUUCUCCUGCUAGCAUUUUGUAUUACACAAAUUUACCCCAUAAUUAAAAUGUCAUGGUAAAUUUUAAUACUUUGUUUCAUUUUACCUUAUUAUAAAUCAAUAACAUUUUUUGUGAUAACCAUUUCAAUAAUAUACAAAAAGGAGCUCAUUGCGACAAUGAACACCUUCUUUCCAGUUACAUUAUUUUGGGACUUUGGCAAUGAAAACUUAAAGUGUAAUUUAAUAACUAAGUUAAUGUAAAAAAAAAUAUCAGCAAUUGAGAAAUAUAUGUGGGGUUCAUUGUGUACAUGAUUAAAUAUGAUAUUCUAUGUACUUUUUAUGAGAAAAUUGAGAUUUUAGGUCUAAUUACUUGAUUACUCAAAACAAUGAGAAUGUUAAUGAGCGCCUUCUUUUCCUGUGCCCUUCAUUUGUAAAUGCAUAUGUUAUUCAUGGACUCAUUAUGGAAAAGACAUCUGUAAAAGACUUUAGGCGAUUCAUUGCGCAAGGGUUGAAGUCUAUGAAAGACAUAAAAGAUAACAAGAGGAAAAGGUUAUCAAGAGACUCUGUGCCUAGCCCUGGACCAUUUAAGAGGCGCAAAACUGGCUUCUCAACGUUGAAAGAUGUACGUUUAGGAAACCACGGCGUACAUUGGCCUAUGUUUGUGCCAAAUAGAGGGAGGAGUUUGCAGCAUGAAGAAAGUGCAAUCAAAGCCUAACUCGAAAUGUUCACACUGUAAUGUAUUUUUGUGCAUAAAUGAAAAAAAGAUUUGUUUUGCAGAAUAUCACGAUGCUAAUGUUUAAUAACUUAUUAAUUUUAUUAUUAAUUUGAGCCAAAAAGAAAUACCUUUUUUCCAAUUUUCUUAGUCAUUUUGUGACCCAAAGUUCCUGAAGGUACUUAUAAGUCUAGGUUAUAGAAAUAAUACUUAGAUAUAAUAAAAAUAAUCUGAAAAAAAUAAAUUAGUUUUCUUUGAUACCCCUUAUCCAUAUAAAAUCAUAAAAACUAAAUUUUUCAUGAUUUUUAGUAUAUUCGUUAGGAAAAGGUUAAGAAGAGCAAAUAAAGAUUUUGAAUUUGAAUAUUUGUGCACAUUUGAAGUCACAU